AUGGAACAUCAUGAAGGUGCAAACGACAAACCACAAAAUAUAUUUCUAAUGGUUGUGCUUUGUGUGCAGCAUGGUGAUAUGUGGUCUAUAGGCUGUGAAGUUUGCAAAUGUAAUGGAAAAACAGGACAGAUGGAGUGUUUUCCGUAUCCAUGUGAGCAAGACAUAGCCUGUAACGAAAAUGAAAGAAUAGUAUUCGACAAGCCAUCUUUAAAUUCAGGAAAAUCAUGUUGUGGACACUGUGUGCCAGUGACCUGUCGAUUUAAUCACACAGAGUAUGAGGUUGGAGCUACUUUUAGAGAUCCAGCUUAUCCAUGUGUAUCAUAUUCCUGUGAGCUAUCUGGUUUGUCAGUGACUGUUAACACAUGCCCAAAUCAAUUAACUUGUUCAGAGGACAGAAGAAGCUAUGAUGAAAAUGGAUGUUGCUAUACUUGUGACACCAAAUGUAAACCAUCCCCUUCUUUAAUAAAAAUACAGCAUGAUCUCCAAGAACACAAGAACUGCUCGGGAAUGAUAUCAAUCACAAAAUGUAGUGGUGAUUGCCAAGCAACAGAAGUGUAA